AACAUUGCACACAUGCAUACUGUCAUGAUGGCCACUCUUACUAAAGCUUUAAAACCAAUAUUGGGAAGGCAGUUGGCAAAUACAGCAAAGGUACUUUUGCAGGUCUUUGGCGCUGGAGUCAUCAGUCAGAGAGGGAAACCUACAUACUCUGGGCGUAUCAUACCUCCUCCUGCUAAAUAUGGAGGCCGGCAUACAGUAACGCUUAUUCCUGGAGAUGGGAUUGGACCAGAGCUGCUCAACCAUGUGCGGGAGCUCUUCAGGUUCAGCUGUGUUCCUGUGGAUUUUGAAGUUGUUCAUGUUAAUUCUUCAUCAACCAGUGAGGAUGACAUCAGUAAUGCGAUCAUGGCCAUCCGGCGUAACGGAGUUGCUCUUAAGGGUAACAUUGAAACCAAUCACACAAUGCCUCCUAACCACAAAUCAAGAAACAAUCUUCUACGCACGAGUCUGGAUCUGUAUGCCAAUGUGAUGCACUGCCAGUCACUUCCUGGAGUCCAGACGCGCCACAAAAACAUUGACAUCAUCAUCAUCAGGGAGAACACAGAGGGCGAGUACAGCAGUCUUGAGCAUGAGAGUGCGUCAGGAGUUGUAGAGUGUCUGAAAAUCAUCACACGGAACAACUCUCUCCGCAUCGCUGACUAUGCCUUCAAACUGGCCCGAGAGAAAGGCCGCCGCAGGGUCACAGCUGUCCACAAGGCUAACAUCAUGAAACUGGGGGAUGGGCUGUUCUUGCAGUGCUGUAAAGAAGUGGCCUCUGGAUAUCCAGACAUUGAGUUUGAAAAUAUGAUUGUAGACAACACCACAAUGCAGCUUGUUUCUAAGCCUUACCAGUUUGAUGUCAUGGUUAUGCCCAAUCUGUAUGGCAAUGUGGUCAGCAAUGUGUGUGCCGGGCUGGUUGGCGGACCUGGUCUAGUUCCUGGUGCAAAUUAUGGCCGAGACUACGCUGUGUUUGAGACGGCCACCAGGAAUACAGGAAAGAGCAUUGCCAACAGGAACAUCGCCAACCCCACUGCCAUGCUGCUUGCCAGCUGCCUCAUGUUAGAUCAUCUCAAGCUUCAUGACUAUGCCAACAUGAUCCGAAGUGCAAUUCUCACUACCAUGAAUGAGACCAGGUUGCACACAGUUGACAUUGGAGGGCAGGGCACUACAUCAGAAGUGGUUCAGUCCAUCAUGAGGAUCAUUCAGAGCGGUGGUCCACUCACCAAGGAGAUCUAAACCCAAUCUCUCCACUCCUGUUUGAUGCAUCAACUUCUUAAGGACACCUGCACUUCAAUUUAUGACUUAAUAACGUUGCUUUCAUGUGAAAUAAGAGAUUUAUUCCUGAAUCUAGCAGUCUUGACAUGGAGAUGGUCUCACAUCAACUUUAUUCUACGAUUCAUUUGAAAUGCAACGUCAGCAUUGUGUGUUUGUGGUGUUUCUUGGUCUUUUCAUGGGAACUGCUGUGUUAUUCGAGUUAUCAUAUUGUGUCUUAAUGGUUCUAUUAUUUUAAAGCUUUGCUAAUGCUGUAUUUAUGAUGAGGGUCUUCCAUCAGGAUUCUGUUUCUGCUUGCACAACUUCAUUCCACAUUUCUCAAUUCUUAUAAAGUUCUACUAUUUUGGGUUCAUCAUUUUUGUUUGCUUUAAUGAACUUCACGAACAAAGCAACUGUUUAUUUCACUAAUUAUAUUUGUGUCCUCAACAGCCUACAGAUUUUUUUUUUGUCUACUGCUUCAUACAUUAGUUUGAAUAUCUUCUUUUAUAUGCAAGUUCUCAUCUGACACACGGUCAUCUUUUUGAGUUAAGCACUUUUUCUAUCAAACAUGAAAGGUAAUGUAGUUAUACAGUUGUUUUGAUUAACAUGAGUAUACUGUAAAGCAGUGUUUCUCAACCUUUUAACUCCUAAGCCAUAACGGUCCAAUAUUUUGAAUAUCAUUUUUAUUCUGGCUAGCUGAAAUAUAACAGAGUUUGGCAAAACUAAAUCUAUAUUGAUGUAUUCUCUUUAAAAAUAGUUCUGAAAAGUGCAUUAAUUUUGGGAGCAAACUAUGGUUUAAAAAAUACUAUCAUAUUUAAUCAAGUUUCUAUCUUCUGUUGAGCACAAAGAUUGUUCUGAAAAAUAACUGUUAACCAGGCAGUUUAUGGUAAACAUGCACUUCCCCGUAAUUAUUAUUACAAAGCAGCUUUACAAAAGCUGUAAAUGUUCAUCAAAUAGACUCAUUGACAAAUCCUGAAUGUCUAAAUUGUAAUCCAGACACAUGAAUAAAAUGGUUACCCUCUUUAAAAUACAUUGUUUGUUGUCAUGUGACACUGAUAAUCCCUCAACAUGCAUUUUUGGGCAUUUUGUUUUUCACAUGCCAAACUCAGAUUAAGGCCGUACUGUUGGCUUGAUUUAAAAGUUUGUUCUAUAUAGUAUGAAUAAAAUGCAGGUGACUAUUA